UUGCUGGCUCACCUGUCUCCCUGACUGUCACAGAUGUUGUGUUGGAGAUGGAUCCUACAUCUGUGUCAGAGGGGGAGAAUGUCACACUGAGAUGUAGAACCAAAUGUACACUGGACCCCAUCCCAGUCUACAGUUGGUAUAAGAAUGGACAGUCUAUACCAAACAGCAACACCUCCUCUCCUGUCUAUAUCCUUUUCUCAGUCAGCAGUGAGGAUGCAGGCAGAUACUCCUGUUCUGUAGAAGGACAUGAGGAUCUCCCCUCUGCUGAUGAGACUCUCACUGUCAGAUAUGGACCAAGGAACACCUCAGUGUCAGUUAGUCCCUCUGGUGAAAUAGUGGAGGGCAGUUCAGUGACUCUGACCUGCAGCAGUGAUGCCAACCCACCUGUGGACAAAUACACCUGGUACAAGAAGAACGUAACCUCACCAAAAGCAUCAGGACAGAGUUACAGCAUUACUUCUAUCAGCUCUGAGGACAGAGGAGAAUACUACUGUGAAGCUAGCAACAUUAAAGGGACAGAGACUUCCAUCCCUGUCCAUAUUAAUGUCAUGUCAGUGUUUCCCUGGGUUCCUGUAAUGGGGGUGGGGGCUGUCCUGACUGCUGGAGCUCUGCUCCUCACCAUCUACUGCACUCUGAAGAGGAGAUCCACAGGAGGAAGUGACGCCACAGCAGACACACAGAGUGUCCAUCAUGACCCUAACAGUGACACGUACACAGGUCUGAACAUGAGGACCAUGUCACCUGACUACGACACUCUGGCAAGUGUCCAUCCUGACCCUAACAGUGACAUGUGCACAUCUAUGAAGAAGAAGACCAGAUCACCAGAGUGACACCCUGGGAAUUAAGGGACUCCCCUGUGACACAGACCCUCAGAUAGAUGCUGAGCCCUCCGAUUAUCAGAACUGAAGCAAACCACCACAGAACCUGGACAGUGACACAGACCCUCAGAUAGAUGUUGAGCCCUCCGAUUAUCAGAACUGAAGAGAACCACCACAGAACCUGGACUGAAGUCAACCAACACAGAACCUGGACUGUAGAGAACCAUAACAGAACCUGGUCCGAAGAGAAGAGAACCCCCAAUGUUUUUUCCUUGUAAUGUUAAUUAAAUAUAUUGAAGAUAAAUA